AUGCCUACACCACUUCCGUCGAGUUUUGCUUCGGCUGCCGCUGGCAACACCCAGGAUGCCAGCCGGAGAGGGGAUGGAAGCACUGGUGGAGAAUGGUCGCGAUCCCGCAUGAACGGAGCUACGCAGACCUUCCGGCGCCCCUCGGUGGCUACCAACCCUUCGCACACCCGGGACAGUAGCCAACUUGCUUCCGCCUCGACACCUACUGCCUCUGGGGCAUAUGUCCCUCCUCACCUGAGCUCAAAUACCAUGUCUAGUGCGCCGCGCAACGGGGAUUCCCGAUACUCCAAGGAGCAACUCCUAGAAUUGUACAAGGCGCAACGGGACGCCGGUUCUUUGGGCAAGCAUGUGGAGGACUACUUUGUGGCUGACUGGGAUCCUCACACUGUCUCAGCUCCUAUGAAUGGGGCGUGGGGAAAGCGGGAUGACCACAAGACCUCCGCCGGCCCUGAGGUGUGUUGGGAUCAUGGCGGCCAGGCCGAGCCCUUGGGACUGACUGAUAUGUCCGACGGUGAAAAAGAGUUAUUUUCCGCUUCGGUCAAUUCCCCUCUCAAGCCGCCACCCACAAACGCCCCAAAGGAGAAUGCAGGCACAGGCACUACAGGUCGCAAAUCGUCCAUCUCUUACACCCAGGGCCACAUGAAUAACUACAAUACCUCUUCCCCGAACGCUGCCCGCCCGAGUAACCGCCGCCGUGAGACUGGAGAUUCUGUGGGCAAUCCCAUGUCACCUACUGGGACCAACACUCGAUUCUUCCGUGACGAAGCCAACACCUCUACCCCUCCUCCCGCCCUCCUGCGUCGCAAGACCGAUUUCCGCGAACCGAAUGCCAAGGAUGAAAAGGCAAAGGAAGGUGGCGCUGAAGCCGCUUCUCCUUUUGGUAGUCUGAAGCGCAGCUCCACCAACCCUCUUAACACGGCCGUUGGUGGCCCUAGCUCACCCUGGGGCUCUGCAUCGGCUUCCCACAAUGCCAACUUCUCGCCAAUGGGCGCCUUUGGUGCCUUCUCGCUGGGUUCAAACACCGCACAGACUCCCACAACCGAGAAGAAAGCUGGGUUUGGAAGUCUUCGUGGAGAAAGCAGGUUCAAGGACCUACUCUCCAAGGAGGGUUCGGAUGAUAUUGCAGGCUCUGCCAAGGACAAGUCUCUAGGCAACCUCGAGCGACUCGCGGAAGAGGACAGUGAAAAGCGCUCGCAGUCUCCUUGGGGAGACGCUGUCAAAACCCGUGCGAGCCGAAGCGAAACCAAUCCGUUCGACGAGCCUCGCAGUGGCAGUGCUGCACUCGGUGGAUCUCAGGACGUUGAAGCUCCCUCUCAGGCUGAUCUUGGAUUUGGUGCCUUUGGCAUGACCUCCAGCAUCCCUGGUUUCCGUGAGCUGAUGCAGAGUCAAGAGAACUCGAGGAACCCCACCCCUAGCCUCCUCCAGGGACAUGAGCCUACCAGCCCUACCAACACAAACCCCUAUCAAAGUCCCCACGGCGAUCGGACUGCCGCAGAUGCAGAGGAUGUCGACACUGAUGGUUCGGAUAUUCAGCAUCCCCAGCACCCUGGCCUGAGCGGUCUGCGUGAUCCGUCUAAUCCAUUCGGCUCGAUGAGACGGGUCGGUUCGGGUAUGGAUCUUCCCUCAAUUGAUCGCAGCCAAAACUCCAGCGUCAAUGCGAACCGAAACUUCUCUGGCCUCGGUGGCCUGGGCGGUCUCUCGGGCCUGGGCGGGGCGUCAGGAUGGCCGUCCAGCGAUGCCAUCGGCACCCCAACCCGUGAGCGUUCAGCAUUUGUGGGUGGCUUUGGCGAUCCUAUCUUUGGCUCCAUGGGCGGGCUUCAGUCCCCCAGCUUGUCCACUCUUGGAGGUGGUGGUCUCUUCAGCCCGCAUGCCGGCCUCUCUGGUACCGCUAGUAUCGGUCGAUCAAGCAAGUUGGGUGCACUCUUCUCUGGAAUGGGAGAGGAUCAGGGCCGUUCAGAUUCCGUGGGCUUGGAACAAGGCGAUGGGCAGCAACCGGAGAGGACUGGACAGACAAGCAAGCCUGGCUCGAACUCUGCUUCCCAGACCCCUGUCUCUGCUGUCGGCUCAAUCCCUGCUAACCUCACCCACGACCUAACUCAGGCACCUACUCCUGGUGGGUCUAUCUCUGCUGCUCAACAAAGAACCAUGGUCAUGCCGGAUCGGAUGCGCUGGAUCUACCGUGAUCCGCAGGGCAACAUUCAAGGCCCGUGGACUGGUCUAGAGAUGCACGACUGGUUCAAGGCUGGAUUCUUCAGCCCCGACUUGCAAAUCAAGAAACUGGAGGAUGGGGAGUUCGAGCCACUGGCUCAGCUAGUUCGUCGCAUUGGCAACUCGCGGGAGCCCUUCCUUGUACCCCAAAUUGGCAUCCCCCAUGGCCCCGAGCCUGCACCUGGUCAAUGGCAGAAUCCCAACCAGGGUUCGGCUCAGCCUCCGUUCCCCGGCAGCUUCCCUAGCUUUGGUACUACUUUGACCGCUGAGCAGCAAAAUGCGCUCGAACGACGGAAGCAGGAGGAGCAGUAUCUGAUGGCACGACAGAAGGAACAUCUUGCUCAGCAGCAGGCUAUCAUGAAGCAGAUGCAGGUCCCUGGCGCUCCCCCGUCUCUGCAGCCCCAGCUUCAGCAUCAAUCCAGUGCCCACAGCCUCCAUAGCCAGCCCAGCUUCGGCAGCAUCGCCUCUCCUGCUGCUUACCAGCCUUCUCCGAUCCAAGCUCCUAUUCAAGGACAGCAGCAAUCCCAGGGCAUGCCCGGGUUUUUCGAUGCCGCUGCCUCCCUUCGACAGGGUGGACUGCCCAAUGUCCUUCCUGGAAUGCUUGGAACCGACCUUGGUGGCCAAGAUCAGCUCCCUGCCCUUCUUGAUCGUUUGAACGUCGGUCGCCAGGAUCCGUUUGCAUUCGGCGCCGCUGGCUCGUUCUCUGGUCGCCAGCCGGACAGCUUCCUUCACUCCCAGCAGGUGGCGUCUAUGCUCCAGGACCGCGCUCAGUUGCAGCAGGAGCAGGAGGAAUUCGACCAGGCCAAUGCCAACGACCCCUUUGACCAGGAGGCCCGUGAGGAACGCCUGCGCCAAUUCCAUGCCCUGAGGGCUCAGGAGGGAGAACUGGGCAUGCGCACCGCCGAAGGACUUCCUACUCACCCUGCCGCCGCUCUGGAGCACGAGGCAGAGUCCUCGGCUACUGAGGCUGUGGAUGAACUCGAACCCGUUGCUCUAGAGCCCGCUCUUACUCUGUCUCAACAAGUUCACAAGGCCGCUUCUGCUCAGCGUCAACAGCAGCAGGAGCAGGAGCAACAGAACCAGUCUGCUCCCGAGUCUGCCUGGGGUUCCCAGGUUGACAAUGCUAUGCCUCAGCCCUUCCCUCCACCUCCGUCUGCCUCUCCUUUGCCUGCUCCCGCCGCCCAGCGCAACCGUCAGAAUGUUGCCGAGUCUUUGGCUGCUGGCUCUCGUUCUCAGACUCAAACUCCCGUUGAUUCUGCGCCCACUUCUGUCGCGCCAUGGGCCAAGGACACUCACGAGGUGCCCAAGGGUCCUUCGUUGAAGGAGAUUCAGGAGGCCGAGGCUCGCACUGCUGCUCAGCGUGAAGAAGUUGCUGCGGCCGCUCGUCGCGCCCAGCUCCUUGCAGAGCAGGAGCGUCUCAGCCAGGCCCAGGCGCAAGUUGUUCCUGGCCUUCCCUCAUCUGCCAACUGGGCCAGCGCUGGAUCCCCCGCUACUCCCUCCGCCGCCGUUUCUCCUUGGAAUACUAAGAGCCAGCCUGUCCAGACCAACACCGCGACUAAGAAGACCCUCGCCCAGAUUCAAAAGGAAGAAGAGGCUCGCAAGCAGCGUUUGGCUUCUGCUGCUGCCGCUGCCGCUCAGACGGCCACUCCCAGCCCUCCCGCUUCUGUCGCUAAGCGUUACGCUGACCUUGCCAGCAAGGCCCCAGCUCCUACUGCUUCUCCUACCGUUGCUGCUACGGCUUCUGGUGCUUGGACUACGGUCGGUGCCGGCGGUAAGGCUAAGGCUCCUCCUGCUGCUCCCCUUGGCCCUCGCUCAGCCAGCGGAACCAUCCCCAUUGCUCCCGCUGCCGCCAAGCCCCGUCCUGUCGUUGCUACUCGCACAACCGUUGGUAGUAUCCCGCAGUCCAACCCCAACCGGGCUGUUGAGGAGUUCACCAAAUGGGCGAAGCUGGCCCUGGGCAAGGGUCUGAACAGCAACAUCAACGUGGAUGACUUUGUUCAGCAACUUCUCUUCCUCCCCGCUGAGGCUGAGAUCAUCUCCGACUCCGUCUACGCCAACUCCCAGACUCUGGACGGCCGCCGCUUCGCGGAUGAGUUCAUUCGCCGCCGUAAGCUUGCCGACAAGGGCGUUGUCGACCCUGUCUCCCCCAGUGCCUUCGCUGAGCAGAAGAACGGUGGUGGCUGGUCCGAGGUUGCCAAGAAGGGCUCCGCUGCCAGCGCUACUGCUUCCCAGCAGCGAGAUGAAGAGGCUAGCAAUGCCGCGUUUAAGGUUGUGGCUCCCCGCAAGAAGGGCAAGCGGUAA